AUGGCAGCUGGAGAGUCCCCUCCCGUAGGAGAAGUCUUCAUCGACCUGCAGCAGGGCAGAGAUCACGCAGAGGAAGCCUCUCCUGGUGCCGAGGACGAUGAGGACUUGGAUAAGACUUUGUCAGUCGAGAGAUUUGGGGACCUGAUAAGCAAGUCAGCAUCAAGCAAUCUGGAGAAGCAGAGACGCAGCUACAGUGAGAGAGAUUUUGAAUUCCACCGCCAAACCUCGCACCACAUCCAUCAUCUCCUUUCCACUCACCUCCCUUCUGCCCUCAAGUACCAAAAGAGGCCCCCCCGUGCCAGCAGGAGGAAAAAAAAGAGAAAGAAAAAGAAGAAAACCUCGGUACCCCCCUCAGAGGUCACCCCCACCAUCCAGGAAGUGGACGAGGAAGGGGGAGAAGAGGAGGAAGAAGAGGAGGAAGAAGAGGAAGAAGGAGAGUCUGAGGCAGAGGAGGCCCAGGACAAAGAGAUCUCUGCAGAGUCUGAGGGCGAAGCUCGUGGGAAGGACACGUCCCCUAAGCUGGAGCCCCCAAGCAAACCAAAGUUCACCAUCGGCAGCGAUGAGGACGAGUCUGGCAGUGCUCUGGCCCCAGCGCAGUUCCACGUGGAGGAGGAGUGUGGCAUCCUGUCCCCCGUGCCAUGCUUCUCUGACCUGCAGCCAGACAAGAGCUCUGCCUCCCUCCCCAGCCUCCCUGGGCCUCGGGAACGUCUGUCCCGAGGGUGGGACAAGCGCAAGCCCUGGGGCCAGGUGGCGAGUGGACAACGAGUUACCUACGACUUGAAGGAGAGAAUGUGCAUCGGCAGCAUGACCACGCUGGAGAGCGCAGCGUAUCAGCGUGUCCCCACAGAUGAGGCUGAGGCCCAGAUGCUGGCAUCUGCUGACUUGGAUGGCAUGAAAAGCCACCGUUUUGAAGAUAACCCUGGUGUGAGGAGGCAUCUGAUGAAGAAACCGUCUCGGAGCCAGAUCACCAGGACAAGCAAAAAAUUAGCAUCAACUCCAUCUGUCAAGAAAAAGAAGAAGAAGAAGAAGUUGGAUAGAAAGCCUCAUGAGGUUUUUGUGGAGCUGAAUGAGCUGGUGGUGGAUAAGAACCAGGAGAUGCACUGGAGGGAGACAGCCCGCUGGAUCAAGUUUGAGGAGGAUGUAGAGGAGGACACAGCAAGGUGGGGGAAACCCCACGUGGCUUCACUGUCCUUCCGCAGCCUGCUGGAGCUCAGGAAGACAAUUGCCCAUGGUGCUGUCCUUCUCGACCUGGAGCAGACCACACUGCCUGGCAUCGCUCACCUCAUGGUGGAGACCAUGAUCAUCUCUGACCAGAUCAGGGCGGAGGACCGAGCCAAUGUACUGCGUGCCCUGCUGCUCAAGCACAGCCACCCGAAUGAUGAGAAAGAGGGCUUCUUUCCAAGGAACCACUCCAGCUCCAGCAUGAACUCCAUUGUGGGGAACCACCACCACAACCACACCACGGACACCUGCGUGCCCCUCAUGGGGGAGGAGCGCAUUGAGAUGGCUGACCCCAAGGCCCACGAGACUGAGUGCAAAGAGAAAAACCUGCAUCUCCAUAAUUCUGAGGGGCACCGUAAAUACCUGAAGCUGAUGGAGAAGAUUCCUGAAGAUGCAGAGGCCACAGUGGUCCUUGUGGGUUGUGUGCAGUUCCUGGAGCAGCCAACUAUGGCCUUUGUCCGACUAAAUGAGGCCGUCUUCCUGGAAUCUGUCUUGGAGGUCCCAAUCCCUGUCAGAUUCAUCUUUGUGCUGCUGGGACCGAGCCAGGCCAACAUGGAUUACCAUGAAAUUGGCCGGUCGAUCUCCACCCUCAUGUCUGACAAGCACUUCCACGAGGCUGCGUACAUGGCAGAUGACCGUCAAGACCUCCUCAAUGCAAUCAAUGAGUUCUUGGACUGCAGCAUUGUCAUCCCCCCAUCAGAGGUGGAGGGGAAAGACUUGCUCAAAUCCAUUGCCACCUUCCAGAAGUUGCUGCUAAGGAAGAGGAAGGAAAGGGAGCAGAAGUCCAUGAAAGAGGGGGAUGUCCAGGAAGCCAAAGAGCUGUGUGAAGUGAAAGCUGAGGAAGAGGAGGAGGAAGCUGAGGACGACCCUUUGAAGCGGACUGGAAUAUUUUUUGGAGGUCUGGUUCGGGACAUAAAGCGCAGGUACCCCAAAUACCUCAGUGACAUCAGAGACGCCUUGCACAGCCAGUGUCUCGCGGCCGUUCUCUUCAUCUACUUUGCUGCUCUCUCUCCUGCCAUCACCUUCGGGGGACUCCUAGGAGAGAAAACUGAGGGUCUCAUGGGGGUCUCGGAGCUGAUAAUCUCCACCUCGGUUUUAGGCAUCCUCUUCUCCCUGCUUGGAGCCCAGCCUCUCCUGGUCAUUGGCUUCUCAGGGCCUCUGCUGGUGUUUGAAGAAGCUUUUUACAAGUUCUGCCAGACACAAGGCAUUGAGUAUCUGACAGGCAGAGUCUGGAUUGGUUUGUGGCUCAUCGUCUUCAUCUUCAUUAUCGUGGCAGCUGAGGGAAGCUUCUUGGUGCGCUACAUCUCGCCCUUCACCCAGGAAAUCUUUGCUUUCCUCAUCUCCCUCAUCUUCAUCUAUGAGACCUUCUACAAACUGUACAAGGUGUUUGCAGAACAUCCUCUGCUGAAGUUUUACCCACCGAAUGUGCAGAGCAGCCUGAAUGCCAGCAUGCUUUCUGCAGAUGCGAUGUCACUGGGAAUCAGGAUGCAGCCCAACACUGCUCUCCUCUCCCUCAUCCUCAUGCUGGGCACCUUCUUCAUUGCCUUCUUCAUGCGCAAGUUCAAGAACAGCCGUUUCUUAGGAGGAAAGGCUCGGCGGAUCAUCGGAGACUUCGGGAUCCCCAUCUCAAUCCUGGUCAUGGUGCUGGUGGAUUACACCAUCACAGACACGUACACGCAGAAGCUGAAUGUCCCGUCUGGCCUGUCAGUCACAUCUCCUCACAAGCGUGGUUGGUUCAUUCACCCCAUGGGCAGCAGUGGGACCUUUCCAUUGUGGAUGAUGUUUGCCUCUGCCAUCCCUGCCCUCCUGGUCUUCAUCCUUAUCUUCAUGGAGACACAGAUCACUACGCUGAUUGUGAGCAAAAAGGAGAGGAAGCUGCUGAAAGGCUCUGGCUUCCACCUGGACCUGUUGCUCAUUGGCACUAUGGGGGGGCUCUGUGCCCUCUUUGGGCUGCCCUGGCUGACUGCAGCAACGGUGCGCUCCGUCACCCACGUCAACGCCCUGACAGUCAUGAGCAAGGCCAUUGCACCAGGGGAGAAGCCCAAGAUUGAGGAGGUGAAGGAGCAGCGUGUGACAGGAGUGCUUAUUGCUGCCCUCGUUGGCCUGUCCAUUGUGAUGGGGAACAUGCUGCGACAGAUCCCAUUGGCUGUGCUCUUCGGCAUCUUCCUCUACAUGGGAGUUACAUCCCUCACUGGCAUCCAGCUCUACGAGCGACUGCUCCUGAUCUUCAUGCCAUCCAAGCACCACCCUGACCACAUCUACGUUGUUAAGGUAAAGACCUGGAGAAUGAAUCUCUUCACCUGCAUCCAACUGGCCUGCAUUGUGCUGCUUUGGGUGGUGAAAUCGACAGUGGCAUCCCUGGCCUUCCCCUUCGUCCUGAUCAUGACAGUGCCAUUGCGACGCUUCGUGCUGCCCCGCUUCUUCCAUGACAGGGAGCUCAAAGCCUUGGACUCAGAGGAUGCGGAACCAAACUUCGACGAGGACGGCCGGGAUGAGUACAACGAGCUGCACAUGCCUGUGUGAGCUGGGGCCUGCCGUCCCCACUCACGGGACAGCUGCUCACGCCUGCUCGUCGCUCCCAAGGACUAACUGGAGACUUGCCGUGAGCCAUGCAGUCUUGCCAGGACCAACGAAUGGCUGUUCCAUAGCCCCGCAGGAGGCAGCCCUGGCUCCUGCUGCCCCAUCAUUCGCUCAGCAGAAGCUGUGAGUCUCUCUCUUUUCGGACCUGGUGGGCUGAGAGAUGCCUCUCACAUCCUGAAGCUGUGUGGUUCCAGAGUGCCCAUGUGUCAGGGGGCUGCCCACUCCCUGCUGGAGGCAGCCUGUGUUCAGUCUGCAGGCCGUGAAGGGGAGCCAUGCCAGCUGGUACCACUGUGUCCCACUCCACUACCACGAAGCUUGGGUGUCGCAGCACCACACACCAUCGAGCAGUCACAGGGACAGGCCGGUGGAUGGCCAGCGGGCUCCUCGCAGGCUGGGCAGUGAGAGCAGCCUCCAUGCUCAUCUGGGCAGAUGCCUUCCUCCUGCUCCCUCUGCCUUCACAGCCAAACUGCCAUCCCAUGCACCCUCCUGAGCCUGGGGCUCCCUGGGAGGCACUGCCACCAACCCCUCAGCGUGUGCCCCAGUACACAGGUGAGGAAGGACCAGUGCUCUUCUCUGGCCAGCACAGCUCCCCCUGCACCGGUGGGACAGGCACUUUUUGGGCACUGACGUCUUGCUCUGCAGGGGUGCUCUGCAGGCCCUGUCCUUUAGGCCUUCAUCUGCCCAGUCACCCUCCCACAGGACUCGUUUCCACUCUUGUUUGGCAUGCGGGAGGCUGAUCAUUUCCUCCUAACUUUAACAACACUCUUCCCAAAAGGAAAACAGCACUGGGAGGGGAUGAGCAGGUACCCUUCAGGCUGCCUUGGGUGUGUGCCCUGUUGCAGGGAUUAAGGAGUCCUGUGCCAUUCUGCACAUUUAAAAAGGUUACAGGGGUCUGAGUAAAAAUUCCUCACAGAGUUAUGUCCCAGUUCCCGAUCCCCAGCUCCCUGUCCUUGAGCACAAACCACAUUUAAGAAGCUAUACAAGAGAUUUAGUGCUGGAGCACAAAACAGUCCUGUGGUUCCCCUCUUUUCCCCAGCACAGUGAUCCACCAGGUCGGGCUCCCUGCAGCCCUGCAGUGAAGUCACUGA